AUGCCGCGGAGACUGAAGCGGCCGGCGGGCUGGGAGCGGGGGCCGGAGCCGGGGCCGGAGCGGGCGGAGCGGCGGGACCGGGCGGAGCGGCGGGGCGACCGGUUGCCGGUGUCCCGGCGGCUCCGCCGCUGCCUGCAGGUCACGUGCCCCUGCUGCCGCCUCGGCGACCCCCCGCCCCCGGAAGUGGACGAACGGCGGGGAGGCGGCCCGCCCGUCGAUGACGUCACGCGGGAGUGCCUCCGCAGCCUGGGGGGGUUUCUCUUCGGCCUGCUCUUUGCCAGCCUCUACGGCUUCUUCGUCCUCUUCAUCCAGGAGCACAGCCUGUGGUACUGCCUGCUCACUACCAUCGCCGUCGGCGUGAUGCUGGGGCUGGGCAUGGGGCUGUCGGCCAAGGUGCGGGUCAACGUCUUCCUCAUGUUCCCCCACAUCUUCUCCAAGCAGGGAAGGGCAUUCCUGCUCGCCUUGGCUUUCGGUCUGGUAGCGCAGGGACCACUGCAGAACAUCGUCACCAACUUCACGCGGGGCGCAGACUCCAUCGCCUGUGGGGCAGAGUUGGCCAUGAACCAGACCAGGGAGCUCAUGCAGAAGGCAAAGGAGCCACUGAUCGCUGCCCUCGACAAGAUCAAGACCAUCGCCGUCUCAGCCAAAGGAGUUGGAGAUCGAGUGCGCAAGUUCUUCAUCUCAAUGAAGAACUCCAUCAAGCACAUAGUGCGGAUCCUGAGGAACAUCUACCGCUGGUUCUCCCACAUCGGGAAGGUCUGCAACAAGGAGCUGGGCGAGCCGUACCGCAAGUGCGUCAAGAUCUUCGACGACGCCAUCACCCGCUGUCUCUCCUUGCUCGGACUCUUCGGCUUCCUCUGCUACAUUGUCAAUGUCGUUAAGCCACUGUGUGGACUGGUCACGAUCAUCCAGCUCUUCUGUUUGAUCCCAAACUACAUCAAGGAUCAGUUGAACCAGCGAAUCGCAGAACCCAUCUCGGACGCCCUGGAGAAAGUGGCCAAAGAGUUUGAGUUCAACAUCUCCAUGCAACACCAUUUCCACAUCUACGCCAACCAGUCUAAGAGCCUCUCACAUCUGGCCUUGGACAUCAUGGAGGAGAUCUGGCAGCGUAUCGGGGGCGUUUACGAGUCCAUUGGCAUCCUGGGCUAUAGCUCCACUAUCAUGAUGCUCUACCUCUAUAUCCAGGCUCUGGUGUAUCGGAAGAACUACCUGUUCAGGGAUGACUACGACAACUGCUACAUCACCAACCAGUUCCUGCAGAUUGACAUCAUGCGAGCCAGGACCGGGAAGAGCACCGUUUUGCCCCUCAGAUUCCUUGAGGCCUGUAGAUAUAUCCAGCCCUGGUCCCUCUACCUCACGGUGUCGGAGAAGAAGAAGUACGUUAUUGGCUUCGCUCGGGUGCUGCGCCAGGGUCUGGCUGUUCUGUUCAUUAUCCUCCUGGACUACAGCAUCUACUGGGUGCUUGACAUGGUCAGUUACCACCUGCAGGUAGAGAUCAUCGCACGAUCCCCCGUCAUACUGGGAAUCUCCGUGAAUGGAACAGGAUACGCCUCGGACAUUUACCGGAAUGUGGUGGACUCGUUCGACGCAGUGCAGGGCGGAAACAUCACGGUGAUAUCGCGGAAAUGUGCCCUGGUCCCCUCCCCGCCCAACUUCAAGAUCUAUACGUUGAUUGGCGUCCUGUAUGGGGCUGCGUUUUUCAUCGUGCUGUUCGGCUGCUACGUCACGAGGCUGCGGAGAUACAUCUGCUCCGUCUACUACCCGUCGAGGGAGCGGGAACGUGUCUGUUAUCUGUACAACCAGAUCCACUCCAAGCGGAGCUCGCUGGUCAGCUCCCUGCUCCGAUCCGUGCGGAAAAACUCCACUGAUGCCGGCCACACCAACAUCCUCCUCGUCCUGGCAGCAAGGUACAAGGUGUUUGCAUGGAUCGCUGCGCUGGCAGGAACCUACCAGAACUACUGCAUGGCGUGUGGUCGCGUGGCCGAGGGAGAGGAGUACGAGAUGUUCGUUCCCUGUAUCACCCCCGGAUGUAAAGGCUACUACUGUGCUGAGUGCUACCAGCACAUGAACAAUAUCUGCUCGGUGUGCAUGGGCCCCCUCGCCUACCAGGGAGACAUCGACGAGGAGGUAGAUUCCAGCGACUCCGGGAAAGUCCAGCUGUGGAUCAGUGCCAUGGACUCGCUGAGAUCCCGGGCGGACAAAGAGAAGCAGGAGCGGAAGAGGAUGCGGUCCCUGCUGAAGCGACGGAUCCGGGCGGCGCUGUACGAGCAGCACGGCGUCACCCAGGAGAGGGUCGGCGCCCUCAGGGAGCUGUUCAGGAGGACACGGAAGGGCAAGGGAGCUCGGAGGAAACGUGUGGCCCCGCCCAAUGUCCCUGAGACUGGGGCGCCUCAGCGCAGCAAGCUGGAUUUCCGCUACCAAGACCGGUCCACGGCGGAGGAGACGAGCUCGGGUGAGACCUACAACCCCAGCGAGUUCAUCGAGAAGCGGAGGAACAGGGACGUGGUCACCGUGUCUGACCUGGAGCGGCUGGAGGAGGAGCGGGAGCGGAGCGAAUCGCAGAGCGGCACCGAGGCUGGCACGCUCAGCGACGUGAGGGUGGGCACCCCCACCACCUACUCCACCCUGCCCACCGACGGGACGCCCACCGACACGGAGGCUGACUGGAAAUCCAGGAUACCUAUCCUGAGGAGAGUAGACUGGCACCUGUUCGCCCUCCUUCCCCGUCCUGAAGUCAACGAUCGGUUCUUUAGUUUGGCUGACGUGGAGCGAGAGGCUGUUGUUGUGGCUCCGCUCGACCGGGUGUCCAACCUCGCUCGGGUGCGCCGACUCCUCCCCGCCUGCGAUCCGUCUGACAACAGCAGUGUCGUCGGCAAGAAUCCCCAGUUCCUCGACGGGACUGGUGUCGACAGCCGAAGGGGGCGGGUCUGGGGAACCAAGAUGUCCCCUGACGGUCGGGCAAAGUCCGCUUCGACCUACACACAGGGGGAGUGCAAGUUUCUCCGAAGAAUCCUAAGUGAUCCAGAGGAUGUGCUUCCUCGUUGCUGUGUCCGCGGCACCCAACGAUCACCAAAAUGUGGACAUCUCUGCAGUUCUAUGUCCCCACGCCGGGUCUACAGAAAUAUACAAAGCACAGGAGAUGCAGCGAGCAAGAUCAACAGCCUAAAGAGGAAGCCCACAGAAGAUGUCCACAUUAAAUCCCGUCACGUCCCGGAAAUAAUUGCUGGGGAACCUGACGGCAGCCGAUGGGGAACUGGAGCCUCUGGAUUCACGAUGCUUCCUGACCCGCUGAGCAUCGCCAAGAGUUUUGGGUUUGCUUGCCAGGAGAGACGCUGGGAAGAGAAGGCAAGAGUUGCACGAAGAUGCGAGCGUGAAACAGGGAAAAGGGGCAAGGAAGACGAGUGGGAUAAGACGGGAAGCUGA